UGUUGUGGAAACUACCAGAUGUAAUUAUCAUUUUCCUCCAUGAAAAUCGGCGCAAUGGGAUAGAAUUCUAUUUCUGUAGAGUAAAGUUUUGAUUUAUGCACUUUGAACACUGAUGAUAGCUUGGCAUGAAGGAUCUGUUGUGUUCCAUCGUACGACCAGAGGACGUCAGCAAGCUUCAAAGAACUUGACAACCAUGAACUGUCAUUACAGUCUGUCAAAUGAUCACUCGAGUCUAGUUUGACAAGGAUCUGCAGCUUUAAAAUGGUUUGGCGAUGCGACGAGUGUAACAUUAUUUUUGAGAACCAAAAGCUCUAUGACACCCAUAAAAAGAAGUUUUGUGUUGGGAGUGCUGCAGAUCCAGCUCGCAUUCAUUCGAGGAUUUCAAAAAAGAGUGAAGAUUGGGAAGGAAGGAAAGAUAGGCAAGCCUUAAGCACGGUACGUUUAAAAACGAGUAGAAUACAUUGAGUAGCUUACUUUUCGUCCUUAGCCACCCUAACCUAGUUACACACCAUUUGAUUUUCUUCUUGGUUAACGGUGCAUUAACCUGCGAGAAAGCUGCACUUUUGAUGUCAUCGGUUCAUUAAAUGCAAAAUUCUUCCAAAUUUAGUCAUCAAUAGCUGGUUAUGGUGAAUUAUGCGUGUGCUUUUAGCCAGUGAGAAUCAGGGAAAUAUUUUGAUUGAAUAUUAAAUGCAAUUACUGCAGCACUGCCUUUCUCUUGAUAACCUGUUAUCAAAUUUGCAAUUAUAUUAUCUAUUUUAGCCUUUGCCAGAUAUCAGAACCCAAUCCAGUUUGUCUGCACCCAAUACUCCUUCAAGGACAUUGCAUGCACUUCAAGACGGUAAUCAGAACACCGUAAGUAGGAUGAAUACUUGUAAAUCAUACACUAUCCGACACUAUGAUGAAAUUAAUAUUACAUGAUACAGAACAUUAAAAGCAUUCUUAUUCAGGGUUGCAAUUAAGAGACGGGGGCUGGGGAUUUCCCCCGGCUACUAAGAAUGUGGCCCCCGGCUGCUUUCAUAGGAAAAUAGAAGAAAAAUAGAACCAAAAGAAACCCCUAGCUGUUUGAUUCCCCACCUACUUGUUGUAUUUACCCGGCAACUUCAAAUCUUAGUGACAGCCUUGCUUAUUGAUAUUCUUCUAAACAACUGAGUAAGCCAUAAAUAAGUGGAAGCUACAAGGUGAUAUUGUUGAGUCACAUGUUACAUGAAUUACAUGACAUGUCUGUGCUAAUUAAGCCAGAGCUUUGUUUGAAUGUGUUUGUUUCCAGAUUACAUUUUUGUCUUCCAUUUUAUUUCUCUCUUUCUCUCUCUUUAUUGCACCUUAUUAUUAUUUGUUGCUAGCAAUUACACAAAAGUUACCAUCAGACUUAUCACCGUUCUGCACCAAACACUCCUAGCGAUGGCCGCAGCAUCUCUGCUCUUGAAAAGGAAAAGGUAUACUGUUAUUUAACUUUUGAAAUCUUUGCUUUAAAUAAUUUCUGCUCAAUGUGAGUGUAAACUGAGUACUUUUGUGUAAAUGAAUAAUUUGGACAUUGUCAGCAGUUGUCAAGGGUUGAAGUGAGCAAAAACAAAACAAAACAAAACAAAAACAAGAAGAUAAAUAAGUACAUGUAAAUACACACCAGUAAAAUAUAAUAAAGGAAAGAAAAUACUGAGCCAGUUAAAGAAAAGCAAACAAACAAAAUAACAACAACAACAGAAGUUUGCAUACCUUUUACAACCCUGCUCAAGAUUCUGUAAAAUUUUAUAAAAAUUUGAUAAUCUUCACCCAUUGAUGCGGCCUCUUUUGCAAUGGUUGUUCUUGCGCAGGUACUUUUCCAGUACUCUUCGGCAGUGAGCUCUUCAAUAAUAAACUGGUUCAAGAGGGGGUGCGUAAGGGCUUGGGGUGAUGCAGUUUUGCAGAAAUGUUUAUUUUAAGCUGCGGUAUUGCCGUUUUACAAAACCAAGUGGUUUGUGGUAUUUUGAAAUUUUUUUGGUAAUUUCAAUGGGGUUUGCAGUUUUCUUAUGUCAUUCUGUCACAACUGUGUGUUGUUUAUGCGUUUUUCUGUGCAGUUUUGCAGUGUUCGUACCCCCCCUACAGCCCUCUGGUUCAAGAAACAAUUUUUUUCUUGUGAAACUAAGGGAGUAUAGGAAUUAUUACUGUACAUCAAAAGUUUCACUGAUUGUGAUACUCCUUGCCAUAUGUUGCCCUCUGUAUCUUUAGAUUGAACAACUUAAAAUGUUUAAGAUGCAUCAGCAGCUGCAGAGAAACUCAAAGAACUUUGAAGAGAAACUUCUGCUCAACAGUUUGAAAGAUGAACAGAGGCAUGUAAGUUGAAUAAGGUUAUAUAUAAAUGAUAAUUUAUCUAAUGGGAAAAAUACAAAUAACAAUAAAAAGGAUGAAAAUGUAAUUCUAAAUUUCUUUCACUUCUGAGUUCUUAAGAACUCAUUUUCUCUGAAUGUGUCUGUGUGUAAACAAAAAAGCAAUAUUUAUCAACCUCAACAAGAGUUGCAAAGAAAUGCAAAGUACUGCUCAGCAGCAUAAAUGAUAAACAGACUGAGACAUGUAAGGUGGAUAAGAUAUAUUGAUGGUAUUUUAGAGAAAGUAAUCAUAUAAUAUUUUACAUUAAUUUUCAGUCACCAAGAAGAUUCAAUGAAGGCAACAGAGGUGAUGACAGAAUUUUGCAACUGACAGAGAUUCAUCGACAACAGCUUGCAGAACUUAAGCAAAGAAAUGAGAAACUCCAGGAGGAAAAAGCAAGUAUGGAAAUGUAUUAAUUAUAGUAAAUAUUAAGUUAAAGAAGUUACUAAAAUACAAAUAUUAUUAUUGCAUUUUUUAACGACCAAACUACAUUGUGGUACUAUAUACUAGUUACAUUAUUGUACAUGGUAAAACAUUUUUCUUUAAAUUACAUAGUCACAUAAUUAUUUUUGUAUAAUUUGCUCUUAUUAUAAUUACUAAUUAUUUGACUAAAAAGGUUCCUUUCUUGGUUUCUUUGUGUGUUUACUUCUGGUGUUUUUUAGAGUUAGCUGAAAGGAUGAAUAGCUUAGGACUAAAGAGUCAGCAAAGAAUCCCUUCUCAGGGUUUUCUGGUAAGUUAGUGAUUGUUACAGUGUAUUUUGCUGGUGUAUGUGUUAUCAUGUUAAAAAUUAAAACUGGCCUGGCCCCAGUUGUUAAAAAGCUGGAUCUAGUGCUAUCCAUCGGAGAAAAAAAAAAUCACUAUCCAGUGGAUAAAUACCAGGGAAACCAGUUGCGCAGUUGAACAGUUUUGAUUGUUGGGACUUAAAGGGUUAAAACUCUUUAAGUCCCAGUAGUGACCAACAUCAAUUUUCUCCUAACGAUAUCCAUACAAUGUCAAGAGAUUAGGUUAUGAGAAUUAAUUAAUUGAUCACCAACGAGAAAAUGCUUUGACCUUUUCUCAAAUUCUUUCUCUCAACUCAUUCUUUAAAGAAAUGUAUAGAGAUCAGUUUGGAGAAUUUGCUUGUGGAUAUUGGGGCUUGGGUUAACUGGGACCAGGUGGACAACUGUUCAUUUUGAAAUGAAUAGAAAUAGGCUUUCCUUCAGUUUCUUGGAAAGUACCCAUUGUUGCCAUGCACACAAGUAGGUACAUGAACUACUGUGCUAGAUAAAUAGUCAUGAUUAAAUACGACAACUCUUGCCUUGCGGACACCCCGCUAUAAUGAACACCCUGGAUGUGGACAGUAGCUAAAUCCCUGGCAAAAAUAAAUUGCAUAUGUUCAACUGAAAUAAACUCCCGCUGUUACAGAAUAAUGAGGAUACUAACUCAAGGUUCCUACAGUGUCCGCUAUAAAGGGAGUUGACUGUAUAAGUAAAAGCUCUCUUAAUUUAUUAGCCUCUUUUUUUGCUCUCGUCCCAACUUUCUUGAUGAACUCGCGCGGAAACGCUUGCUGCACAGGCUAUUAAUUUAUGACUAUCUUCAGACAGGUCUGGGCGGCCAAUUUUUACUCCAACGAUAAAUGCCCUUAAGAAAGCCAGCCUUGUGAUGGUUAUUGAAAAAAUAUGUCUACCAUUUUUUUAUCUUACAUUGGACAGGAAUAGCUGGGUGGAGUGGGAGGGGAAGAGGAAGAUGCAUGGUUAGAAAACUGAAAUUUUAAGAAUGACAAAGUAAUGUAGAGUCCGGGUGUGAAGUUCAAGAAGCGGUGAUCCGUGAUAAAACUCUCUUUCUCACUGGACUAUUAUUUUUAUGUUUUGUAGGACAAACAAGCUGUGGAACUUGAUGGUCUCAAGAGAUACUUGGACUUCAAAGAAGAGGAAGAAAAGUAAGGAAUUUGUCUAAGGAAAACUUGGCCUGCGUUGUGGGGUUAAAAUCAGGGAUGACUCAUUUUGUGAUUCAUUGUCAUGACUUUCUGGGCAAAUCUCCUACCACUACAUGUUUACAUGUAGUGAGGCCAUGUCAGUAAAGGCUAAUGGGGAUUUUAGAACUAGGUGCUAGUUUGCUAUAAUUAACUUGGCUGACAUUAAUCAAUUGACUAAUUUAUUUAUUAUGUGUACAAAAACGAGCAGGAGUGUAUUAAAAGGCGAAGCCGAGAGUUUUUACACCUCAUAAUACACGACUGCGAGUUUUUUGAACGGCUUCAAAAUCUCUGACAUGGAUCAACUCAUUCUUGCUCUAAAGUUUAGAUUUGAGGAUCUAAAAAAUAGACGUAAAGUUUAGCCGUGUCUUUAUCAGAUAUAAAGACACUCAUUAAACAUUGAUUUCUUUUCUUUUUAUGUAUCAUUAAUGAGUUUUUGAAUAUUGUUUUAUUUUUAGGAGGAAGUUCAAUGCACAGCAGUCGAAAGUAAACUUGCUAAAAGUAACGGCAAAAUCUCCUCCUCAUAGUGCAGCUUCUGCGGCCUCAAAGAGUCCUGAACCACGAAAGCCCAGGUGCAACUUAGAACUGCAUACAUUUAGUUUAAAAAUCCAUCUACAGUGACUCCCCUAACAUUAGCAGCGUGCAAAGAAAGUAGUGUCCGAUAGAACGGGGUUAGUGGAUUUUGCUAUCGGGCUAGUGAAUUCUGUUCAUAACUUGCCCGAUGGGCAAGUGAAGUUUUUUGAGGAAUUCAAAUUACAGAAGAACCGUGAAAUCAAUCUGCUCAUCAAAAUGUUGUGGGCGGCUAGUUGAAAUGAUGUUUGGGCUAGUAAAUGUUUGCUUCAGCUUGCCCGAAUGGCAAGCUGUAAAAAUGACUUUCUUUGCACCCUGAUUAGGGCCCUGUUGUUCGAAGGUCGAUAAGCGCUAACCCGGGGUUAAAUUGCACGCGAGUUUCGUUUUCUUUUGCUCAAAAGCAUUCUCUCUGACAAUUUUUCUCUAUUCUAUAUAGGCUUUUUACGCUUUCAUAUCUGAGUUCAAACUGCGCACUAACCCCCAGGUUUGAACAACCCCGCCCAGAAUGCCAAGUUGUUUCCUAGUUAAGAUGUUUCAAAAUAUUUAUGAGUAUGCAACUUCCUAAUUGACUCUGUUUGUUUUGUUUUGUCUUUCUUACAGACAGUUUUCGAGACCAGAAUCAGAGAGAUACGGAAGAGGUAUGCAAUUCGUAAGCUAUUCGUAGUUUGCCUCACGCGUGACAUUUGAAGUUUUUCAUAACGUUGGUCGUAUUUGUCUAAGACCCCGUUUACACGGGUCCAUUGCAAAUUCGUCCGUUCAAAAAUUUGCUUGGAUAUAAUCUGUUAGGAUCUUUAAUGAUCUUUCCAGGAUCUUUGAGGAUUUUACAAUUUGGAUCUUCAUGAAAAUUCCAGCAAAGAUCUUCAAAAUGCACGCAAAGACUUACGAACAAGGAUCCUCGAAGAUUUUUCAGUGCGGAGAACCGUGAAGAUCUUGGCCAGAAUUUUUGGAAUACAGAGAAAGAGAAAGACAGAGAAAAAGAGAAAGUAGGCGGCAAGCCAGCGAAGCUCAGCGAGAAAAAGGGCCACAGAGAGCUCGAACGAGAGAGAAAAAACAAAGGGGACAUUUUUUUUUUUAGUGGAAGAACGGCAUGAAAAUUUUGUAGCGGCGGUGAGAAAAUGAGAAAUGCUAGCGGCCACCGAGGCGAAAAUGAGCGGCAGUGAAAAACAAACAAACAAACAAACAAACAAACUGAGCAAGAAUACACUAGGAAGUUUUUCUGGAAGUUUCAUGUCGUAGUCGUGCAAAACAACGUCACAGAAAUGUACAAAAAGUGUGCUGCACAUGCGGAGUUGCUUUUUCGCUAAUUAGACCCCUUGUUGUUUUUUUACCUUUCUCGUUGCUUUUGCCGCCUAGCAUUACACGAUUUUUUAUUUUGUUUGAGCAAACUAUAAAUAUUAAUUAUCGAGAGAUUCGCUUUGAGCCCUGGUUAAAUCUAUAUAUUACUCUAUACUAGGGGUUCCUUUCCGGCUAGUGCAAACAAUAAAAAUUUGUUUAACUCUUGUGGAAUGUGCCCAUUUGUUUUUUUUUUGUUGUUGUUGUCGUUGUUUUUAUUUUUUACAAGCUUUACAGGUUUAAAAUUGAUUUCGCUGUGGACAAGGUGGCUAAUAAACGUGACCCAAGUUUGAAACAACAACUUGCAUGUGGGCACAAUUUGUAGGUGUUCACUUGUAUUAAACAAAAACAUGGCUUGACGCUUUGUUGGUAAAUUGGAGCAAGUUAGCUCUUAUGAAACUCCAUUGUAUCAAAACGUUAAUGAGCGAGUGUAACAGGAUAAAAAGUUUUUCGAAAGGCAUAAAGAUAGUCUUUAAACUAAAGGGUCGACAUAAUUGUUGCAUUGUUCACGGGAGUUGAGGGCUGGCUUAAUGUAAAUAAGGCUGCCAAGAACACGCUGGUUCUGACAAGAAUCUCUCGAAAGGCACAAAGGUUAUGUUACACGGGACGAUUUGCAACGAAGAUUUUUAGCGCAGCACUGCGUUGCAGUAUGUUGGACAAUGUUGUUAUUAUUCGAAACACGCUGCGUGUUGCACUAAACAUCUUCGCUGCGAAUCGUCUCGUGUAACAUUACCGAUUGGCGCAACGUAAAUCAAGCUGCAAAAAACACGCUUGUUCUGACAAAAAUUUGCGCGUUGAACCCUAUUCCUUGAUAAGCUGCUGCAAAACAGGGCAGAAAUAGCCGUUUCAAACAAGAAAUCGUAAUCCUACUCACCUGUUUGGUCCUGCGCAACAACUCAACAAAGGUAAUCCACACUCCACAACCAAUUCACAACCAACAGUUACACAUUGGCUCACCUGGCCUCGAAACACAAGGAGUAAAUAAAUGCAAGACCGUGACGUCACUGCCCAAAUAUGGGUAUUACUUACGUAUACACCCUAAUAUGGCCAAAAAAAGGUUAGACAGAAUUUGAGAAAUUUUGCUAUACAUUGCGCCGCAUUAUGAAGCUGCCGUCGAGUUAGCGUCUCGUUUGUUAACUUGUUGGCAAUUAUCUUAAACGAGACUUAUGUCAGGGUAAAGCUGUUUAAUUCCUUGGUAAAAUAAUCAUUGGACUGACUUUAUUUGAUUUUGUGAAUUGCAGGUCAAGUUAUCCCAUAUUACCAGUCCCCGGUGCGAUAUUACGAUGCUGCACCGAUCCAGCUUGAACAGAGCAGUGUUUUACACGAACUCAAGUAAGUUUUCAGUGUAUAAUUAUAUUUGGUCACUUUCUCAUAUUUUUCUCCCCUUGAAUGACUAGUAAAUGCACGUCCUUUUUAAUUUGAUGCUGUGUUGCGCAAAAAAUAGUCGUUGCGAAUCGUCCCGUGAAAAAUCACCUUAAAAUGGCAAAACAACAAGUUUGCACGUGCAGCACACUUUUUGAUACAUGACUUCCACCUAAAAUUUCCGUGGAAAACGUAAACAAAUUAAAUGAAGACGAAUUUCUCUUCCUUUUUUGGACUAGGAAUUUAACUCGAGGAGAGUUCGCCUAAAUUUGAAUAAGUGAGCGAAGUAAAUCAAAGGACGCCAAGUCACUUGUAGUGACGUUUUUGCCGCUGACGCUGUUGUACUGUGGUAUCGUAAACUCCUUAUCGUCAACUGUCUCUCCCUGUCUGUUUAGACUUUUGUUGUUGUCUCUCAAACCCUAUGACUGAAUGAUAUACUUUGCCCUACCUUACGAAUAAAUUUUACGGUUAGCACCAUUUACAGUGUAUCUUCUUUGCAGUAUGUUAAAGAAUGACUACUUUCAAAAAGGAGGCCACGAUCCUGCUAUACUGGCGCAAAUAAGAGAUUUGGAAUUUGAGGCUCAAAGAAUGCAAGCAGUUCAAAGGCCAGCUCCACCACCCGGUAAGGAACACAGUCUAACCGACAACGGUGUUUGUGAUUUUUAUUACAUGCAAACUGUAUACACUUGCAGGGUCCGAAAUUAAGUUUUUAAUACGGGCGCCAACUGGCGAUUAAGUACAAAUUUUUGGUCGCCAGAAGGCAAAUUGUCGUCGCCAUAAAUUCCCCUCCCUUUUUUCAAAUAAAAGUUUAAACACGAAUAAAAAAUGUAUGGUAUGGACGUUUUUAUGCUCAGAAAAUUGCACUACUUCCCGCUCCCGAUACCAGAAAGCAACCGUAAGUGUACGAGUGACGCCUUAUUUUUUCGACAAAUCGCUUUUUGGAGAUAUAAGCUAUCUGACUUAGGACGUAGGAACAGAAAGCUGUCUGCUCAUGACUGCACUGAUCAUCAAAACUCUAUUUUCUUCUGAUAACUACCACGAAACACGUAACAUAAACACGAGUCAAGCCGCCAUGUUGCUCGUACCGGGCCACAACUGUGCCACAUCCACAAAGUACAUAACGUACUUACCGUAUUACAGCUGAAAACAACAUGGCGGCUUGGAAACGUUCAACUUGUAUUGAUCGUAGCUGUUGUGGAGGUAUUAUUACAGGAAGAUUUGUUUCACUUUUAAUUUAAAAAUAUCAGCAGGACAAAAAGUAAGACACCUGUUGGCAAAUAGCUUCAAUGUUUCAAUUCUUAAUCAGUUUCUCCAAAUGUGAAAGUCCACAAUAACAACCAGCUUUACAAGUCGCUAGCUGGCAACCAGCUAUGAAAUUCUGGUCGCCAGAACUAAAUUUUUAGUCGCAUUGGCGACAAGGAAGGCGCAAUUUCGGACCCUGACUUGUGUCAUCAUUACCUUUCGUCCCUCAUUGUAAAGGAAUUGAGCCGCUUGUAUUCUACACAAUCCAUUAACUUCUAUGGGUUAGGGCGAAUAUAUUCUAUUGUCAGCUCCGCGUUCAACCCUGUACCAGGAGUGCAGAGUUUUCUCUUAGGGUUUUUCUUCAACUAGACGCAGAUAAAGUUUCAAUCCCCUUACGUACAGCAUCAAAAUCAACUACCCUACGCCCUUGUUAAUUGAAACUGCCAGAAAUACUAAUUUCUGCUGUCGCUUUGCUUUCUUAAAAGCGUUAAUAAUGAUAUAAUGAUAAUGUUAACUGCACGAAUAGUGAAGUCAUUGAAACAGAAAAGCAUUCUUUGGCUUUAAGCAUUUACAAAGGAAACACCUGUUAAAAGUACCCCGUUGGUUUCCUUCAUCAUUGCUUGCUGAGCUUAUGUAGUCUGUCGUAUUAUAAGGAAACUCUUUUCGAAUCUGCGUGUUCCCCUUUCCGCCGCUACAUGCAUAAUUUCGAGCCCUGACUUUGUUACUGCUAGCAACUGAAGUCUCUUGCUUCUCUUAUACAUGUACUUUGUUUCAUUUAGCAACAGACCCUCUUCUGCAACAGCAGAUAAUGAGUUUUCACAUGGCAAACCAAAGAUUAGAACAAGAGCUACAGAUGCUGAGGGUAAAGAUAUUACUAACAGCGCUGUCUGUUAAACUUCUUCUUUGAUACUCUGCCGCAACUAUAAUGCUGUUAUCGAGCCAAUUAAUUCCUUGUAUUCAUAUUCUGCUCGUCAUUGAGUUGUGUCAAAAUGUCUUCGUUGUAAGUUUUCGGUCAGCACAACUAACUUAAGCUAGUGCUGUUUGGCUUCACAGUCAUAGAAUUGGGUCGUGUCGUGCUUAAGUUUGCGACUGGGGAACGCCAUCAGACGACCGUCAUUGCAUGAUAAUAAACGCAAUAGAAAACGGCAAAACGCAGCUGAAAUUACUCAAGUAAAUGGAUGAAUGGCCGACAAAAAUAUCCCGUUCAAAUCACUCCCUCUGCGUUUGGUUUUGGCCAAAUUUAGAUUAGACGAACCAAAAAUUUCAACCUUGUGGACCCAACUAACCAUUCCUCUGAUCAUAUUUUCAUAUUUCCCUCUACAAUUUAGAAAAUUUGUUUAACAUAGUACCAUUCUAUGCAAUAACGAUCUUCUGAAAACCUGUAGUCUAUAAACAAGUCCACAGUUUACAGCCUUAAAAUGAAAUCGCUUAAUUUCUUUUGUUUGUUCUUGUGUAGGAAGAGAGGAACCAAAAAGACAGAAUGCGAUCUCCAGGUACCUGUCGCUGUACUUAAAGUUUAGGAGUUUAUCAUUGUCUUGAUUGAGAAAAGGAAACUAAGUGCCAAGUCAAGUUUGCAAACAAUCUAGUGGUUGAUGGUAAUUUAGAGCAAUCUUUGGGACCCAUAAAAUGUCUUUAACUCAAAAAGUUUAUAUGUUACUUUAUUUUAAGUCUUAUGAAUCGCGCGCUUGUCGUUCUUCAUAACUUAGCCUUUUAAAAUGCGCGAAAUAUUUGUUUAUGAUUUUGUGGAAACAAACUUGCUGUACACAUGUGUUUCUUCUUUCCAUUGUGUCCUUAAGACCUGGAUCCUGAGUUUAAACGAAUAAAAGAGGAGCACUUGGUAAAAAUGGCGUCCCUGAGACAGGAAGCAGAAUUAUUAAGGCAACAGGCUGAAGUGGAGAAAAUGAGAAGAGAACUAAAGGAGCUCAGAGGUGAAAAACUGCCACUGGACGAAACACGAAAGGUGGAGUAAAUGUUUUUUAUUUUUUGUUUGUAGACCUUUGAACGGAUAGGCGAUAUUUGGUCUGUGGGAAAAUUCACGAGUGGGCUUAAAGUCCCUUUUAUAUCAGAUAGUUUCCGCCCAAUCGUCGUCAUCCAUGUCCACCAGCAUUUAAAGGCACUUUACUUAAACGUAAGUAAACAACUCAUGAAUUGGAAACAAGUCACUAUACAUAACAAACAUGCCACCUUUGAAUUCAAGCAGACAAAUAAUGCAAGCAAAACAGGAAAAAGCCCUGAAAUUCUACCCAGUACUAAUGCUUUCCUCUCUCUGUAUGUGCUAAACCCUUCCCCUUCGGGGGAGGGGGGGAGAGGGGUUCGUGCCUCUGCAUAAGAUAAGGAGUAAUAAUAGAGAGUGCUUUUCAAAGAUUUUUUUUCCCAACUAACAGGGUACAGCUUCUAGCCUAGCUAGAAUAUACUGCUUAAUGGCAUCACAAUAUUAUGCGAUGACCUGAUUAGCAUCAGAUAACCGACUAACUCACCUUCAAUAAACUGUUCACACUAAAUGUCUCAAGUGGGCAAAGUAAAAAUGACGAAAUUGAGAUUCUCUUUCGAUUUACUGAUCAGUCCUGUUUUGGCUUUAGCCGUUUGAGUCACCGUUCAUGAUGUCAAAUGCGACCACAGAGAAGGACUUGCUUCCAAGCCCAUACGAUCCAAAGUAAGUUUUAUAAUGCCAUGAGUCUUGGUCAAUUAUAAAUUGAUACUCGAAUCUGGUUUAUAUCUACAACAGUAACUACGAAUGGUAUGAUUGCUAAUUAACACGUUUAUAUUUGAAUAGCCUUUCAAGUGAAGUUUCAACUAAGUUUUAAACUAAAGUAUGUUUAUAAUUGGGCUGCCUGUGGAAAAUCCUAAUCUAAAAAUGGGCUUCAUCGUCUGUGAAGCAAAAAGACAAAAUUACAGACGAAUCAACCAGAAGGUGUUGCGUGUCCCGUCCACCCUGCAGUUAGGCGCGAUCGUUUGACAAUUUAGGGGAGGUGUUCGUCUUAAAUUUGCGGUUAUCCUUUUUGCCUUCAUUGUACCUUAGUGUUUGGCAACAAGGACAGUAAUGGCGACAGCAAAAAACAAAAUUGCCAUUUCUUUCGUCUCCAGUGCUGGCUUUGCAGUAUAUUGGGACUUUGUCCUUGGACUCAGCUCCUCACUGUCCAGUUGUAGACUCGCCGCAGGUGUCUAUAAAGGAGUGGAGAUUGCAACAGACGUUAAAUUGCUGCCGCUUGUCAGAACGACAGCUAUUACCAAAGAAAGCCAUCCCACAAUACCUUCUGGCGGCGUUGGUGUUGUUGGAGUCAAACAUCCAUUUCCAAGGUUGGUUUAGGCGCUUGUAUUUCAAACGAAAGUAAUUUGCAAUUAAGAGAUUUAAAGUUAAGACUGUGUUAUGGAUAGGCACUCCGAGUAGUGGCUUUGGUCAAAAUUCCAAAUUUCAUUUGAUGAAGUGCUGAUAAAUAAACGGUACCAUGUGAGAGCACUGCCUAAGCUGCAUACUAAAUUAAAACUACCGAAGUACCACACGUGAAAGUACUACUGAAGAGGUUUCAUUUAAAUGAUCAUACCAUAGGAUUUCAUCCACAGACUCAACAGUUAGAACCACCUUACAAGAAUCUGCUUGGAAGAGAAAGAGUCAUAGUGAAAUGUCAGGGAAAGGGGUUCCCAUGCAAAACUGUGUUUUUUCUUAUUUAAUUAAUCUGGCUGUGAUUUGUAUUUCUGCAGAUGUCUUCCCGAUCAGGAUCUCUGUCUUGUUGUGGAGCUGCAAGCUAACAGCGCCGAGGACUCGAAUGACCCUACUGAAUUAUUUUCUAAGGGAUGGACAAAAAUCGACCUGUUUGAUAUCAGCAAUCGGCUGCUGAGUGGAAGGUAAAAACAGUGUCCAUGAAUCCUCAGUUUUCUCUUCUCUCUCGCUUUCUUUCCUUUCUUUUCUUAAACGUACAUUAAGUGUAGUCUGGGUGUCCAUGUCAAGGCGGAGAGAAGUAUAAUUUAAGUAAAAUCACUUUUAUUAUGUGUGGUGGCCGGAAUGGAGUAAUCAAAUGUCGAUCGCCUAGAAACUUUCUUUUCCUUUUAAGUGGGAAUAACGUCAUUUGUUUUCUUUCCCUUUAUUUUCUUUUCUAUUAAUACUUUUGGAUAUCUCAGUUAAGAUUUGCGCUAAGACCAAAAUUCCUCACUGACCUUUCCUAGUGAAAAUCUUUCCCUUAUGUCAUUUGUCUUCUAGGUUUUUUCUAUUUUUUUUUCCUUUUCUCGUGAACCCCGGUAUUGGCUAUUUAACUAAUUCCUUGGCACUCUGUUUUUAUCAUGAUUCCACUGUAUUGGUUAAUUAUCUUAUUCUUUUUUUUAUUUUUCUUAUUUUAGGUGGAAAAUUCCAAUUCGGAUAGCUCCAAUCAAAGCCUUUUUGAGCACUCACGAAUUGAAUAAGAUACCACAGGUUUGCCUCUUGUUACUGAACAUGUUUCCGGGUAAUAUCACCGUUGUUAGCUGUAGAAAAGAGAUCUAAAAUCUUAAGCUUUUUUUAAGUUUACCCUUUUUAAGGCAAUUGCUAAUAAGGUUUUACUUCCCCAGUCGUCCCCUAUGUCUUCUUUGUUAAUUAAGUCAGCCUCAAAUUCUCUGAACAAAAGGAAAGAUUUACUUUAACGAGAAUGGCCCCUCUCACUCUCUCGGUGACCUCACGUGAGGUGCGGAGGAUGUUUGAAAAUAGGUAUAGUUAGAGGCACAGCCAGGACGUUUCAGAGAAACACAGUUUUCUAAGUCCAGACUCAACGCUGUCUCCCAAAUGAAUUGUUUCCAUGCAGGUUACUUGAUUACACUUGCGUCUUGUAUCAUUGUGGAGAUUUACUCAUCUCUCUUGCGUGUAGUACCGUGUUCUGCAAGAGGCACUAUAUUUUCUUUUGGGGAAAAAAAUCAAUCUGACAGAAAAUUAAACAGAGCUCAUAAGGCGUCAGUUCCUUUGUUUUAUAUUUGGGCUCAGUUAAUUCGAACCGAUAGUAAUGACCGUUUAGUCGAAAAUUUCGCAAAUAUUGGUAUAAAAAACUGCGAAGUGGCCAAGUGGAACAUCAGUACAUUCAUGUUAGAUAACUUGACAGGUAAAAUAGCGUAGUAUAGAUUAUAGUACUGUUGAGCCAGUGUUACUUUUAUCGCUUGUUUGUUACUAUUAUAUUAUUAUUAUUAUUAUUAUUAUUAUUAUUUAUUUAUAUUUAUAUUUUUUGUAACUGUUUGAUCGAUGCACAGAUUGGACAAGCGGAGCUGUAUAUCAGACUUGUGAAUAGCCGUGACGUCACGUCACAGGAUGCCCUAAACGCACAACCCAUACAACAUUACAUGUACAAAUAUCCAGCCUUGGUGAGUGGCCAUUCGCGUUGUAAAGGUCAGGCCAAAUUGGUAAAGAAGUAUGCUGUGUGUCGUCAAGAACACCUUAAAGAGAAGACGCAGUUUUUUCGUCUCUUCCUCGAGGGUCGGGUGGUCGGGGGAAGGAGUAGCAGUACAAUUAGUUACAAUGCGUUAGAAUGCGAAACAGCUUUCUUAGCAUUUUGUUUUCUAUUUGCAAAGUCACCCGAAACAUUUUGAUCUUUUUCGUCCAUCGCACUUCUCUAACGUUGACAAAGACAGCCAACUGUUGCCUUGCCGACACCCCGCUAUAACGGACAGCAGCUAAAACCCAGGCAAAAAUAAAUUGCAGACGUUUGACUGAAAUAAACUCUCGCUAUUACGGACUCUAGCUAAUGCGGACACUAACUCAAGUUCCCUGCAUUGUCCCCUAUAAAGGGAGUUGACGUUCUUUGAAAAUCUAUUUCAGGAAAACAUCCGCGUGGUACCACAUAUACGUCACUCUUCUCCACAACAGGUCGAUUUUACUCCUGCGCCACCCCCGUCAGUGCCUCCUCCACCCGACACCCCUGUGUCUGCUAUUCAACGGGUUGAGAGGUGAGUGGCAAGUGCAUAUCCUCCAGAGACUUGGUAGCCAGCGCCACCGAUUGGAUUUCCGUCUGCGAGACUGAGCCGAAAUCCUUGUUCUUGACCGUCACCUGUGUACCAGGAUUUGAGUGGGCCCCAUUAUUGGUUUAUUAAAGAAGCCAUUGUCAAUUUUCCAAUCAGGUUUAAAGGGAAAUUCGAGACGUACUUUAGGUAAUACGUUGACUCUGUCGGGGACCCAGAGAAGGGCUCACGGCGCUGCUUUGCAGACGUUAUUCGCCGCAGUUAGAUUACGUUACGACACAGAGUGGGGACAAAUCACAGGGCCCAGUAUUUCCGGCACAUUUUGAGCUUAAGAUGGAAUCCAUCAGGAAAUUAAGUUAUUUUCGAUUUUCAGGGGACAAAAAUCUUGUACCAGAAAAAUUUAAAGAAUAUUGCAUUCUUUCUUACAUUUUUCAAGGGCUAAAGAUGUAAUAAAUCAUCUAUAGUAACACCAAAAGAAUUCUUAUGGAAGCCCGAGAAAAUGAACGUCAAAUUUCACAAAAUUACAUCUUACACGUGAAAUGUUUAGAAUUUUACAUCACAAUUCUUGUGAAAUUUGACAUUUAUUUUCUCUGACUUUUAUGAGAAAUUUUCUUUGGCGUUACUACAGAUGAUUAUUUUAUUACAUCUUUAGUCCUUGAAUGAUGUAAAAAAAGAAUGCAAUAUUCUUUAAAUUAUUCUGGUACAAGAUUUUUGUCCACUGAAAAUUAAAAUUACUCAAUUUCCUGAUGGAUUCCGUCUUAAUUAUUUUACAAAGACUGUCCUUGUGUAAGAUAUUUUCAUGCACAUCUCUAAAGAUAAAUAUUGCAUAGAUAGUAUGGUUAGCUCCUUAGGAAGAACGCUAGUUUGCUGGGCGGUAGGUUGAGAGUUCGGAACCCCGUCCGGACCACAGACCAAGAUCAAGCUAGCUGUGAUUUAAAAUCUUGUCUCUGUUAAGAUGAUCGUGUUGUAUUUGGCAGCGAUGUUAAACCGUUGACUCUGCCUCGUCCAAGGCGUUUCUCGAACAGAUUAGGGACGUAAACCCCUGUGGGGGUAUGGUCUAUCUUUGAUGGGGUUAAGGGACUGUUACGGGCCCGCAGCACUUGGUUUACUCGUUGCUACGGUUACCACUCCAAGGACUGGCAAAGCUAUUAAACUAAAUAAAAAGCUCUUGCAAUUUUGAUACUUUGAAAAACACACAAGUGCAAAUAAAUUUCAAAUUGAACCCAUACAUAUAAGCUUCUAAUCCAGAGAUAAUGGAUCGUCAGAAUUUUUUUAUACAGUUUAAGAGAAAAAAAUAAUUAUUAUUUUUAUAUGUUUAAAUGCUUUAGUGCUCCAAAGACACCGAUUGAGGAUUCAGUUGUUGGCUUUCAAGUGGAUAAACUAGUAAAUGCGAUCCGAGGAGAGUCGAGGAUAAAAAUUACUGUCUAUGAACAUGAUCAGGGUCAGGUAAGUGGAAAUGCUUAUUUUUAUUAAUCAGUUAACAAAUCUAUUAAUCCAUUAUAAAGCAAGUUACUAAAUGUUUCUGACAAUCAGUCAGUCGGUCAGUUAAAAAGUCAGUCAGCCAGACAGUCGAUGAGCCAGCCAAUCAAUGACUCAGUCAGUCAGUCAGUCAGUCAGCCAGUCAAUGAGUUAGUCAGUCAGUCAGUCGGCAGACAGUCAAUGAGUCAGACAGACAAUGGGUUAGUCAGUCAGUCUGUCAGACAGUCGAUGAGUCAGUCAGUCUUUCAGUCAUGCAGUUAGUGAACAGGUCAGAUAGAUCCGUCUUCCUGUUUCCUUUUUUUUUCCUAUUCCUUUUUUUUUUCUAUCCUCCAUUCGUAUUCAUCCGUCAGUAACAGACAGUCAAUGAGUCAGUCUCCAUACACAGUCAGACAUUCUAUUCCCUCCAGUCAGUUUUUCGUUUUCAGUCGUUCGUUCAUCCGUUCGUUUUCAUCCAUCUUUUCCAUUCGUUCGCUUUACUCAGUUUUUUGUUUUAAUUGUUUGGGUGAGACUACCGACAAAUUUCCUGACCCUUUUCGAUUGUUGUGUCUCAGGUAAUCAAAGGGGACAACGACAGACCUGUAAUGUGUAUCACCAAAGCUGCUAAGCAAGACUUCCUUGAGGGUAUAUACUCCUUCGGACUACAAGAGGUAAAUUAGUUUACUAACAGUCCGUAGUUCUUACGUCUGCAUAUUUCCGGAAGGUUGUUUAUAGAAAGAUAACUUUUCAAAACCCCCCUCAACAUACGAAACAACCAACCUAAUCAUAAUGAGCAACUCUUUUAUGGUCAUUCUUUGCCUUAUUGUCAUGUAAAUUGAAGAUCGAUCUGUCACGUCACGCAAGGGAAUCCAAGGCAGUCUCGGAUUCUGGAUUCCACGCCGUGGAUUCGAAUUCCAGGUACUGGCAUCCGGAUUUUUUGUCAGUGGAAUUUGGAUUCCGGACUCCAAUCGUUAAUGGGAUUCAAGAUUCCUUGAGCCGUUUUCCAGAUUCCACAAGGAAAAAAUGUCGGGAUAUUUCUGGAAUCGGGAUUCCCUUGCAUUGGGAGAGGUUCUUCGGAACUACUGCGUUCAUUUUCCUUGUCUUUGUUUGUUUUUGCUCUUUGGUUAUUCUCGCCAACCUUUACAGAAGGAAUUGGAGUCUUCGGAUAACACUUUGCUAUCGACGCUAUGGCAAAACAAUCAUAAUAGGAGUUUUCUGAAACCCAGCCAUCGAACAAAUACUUUUUGUUGAAAAUCUUUCUUACCCUCAAUUAUUUGCCAUUCAAACAAACUUUCGGCAAAAAUACAAUUUUACAAAAUGUUUUUAUUCUUCAAAACCCAAAACUUUCAAUAUUAAUCUGAUCUACACGUUUUGUCUUGAUGCGAAACGCGGUUUAAUUUAAAACACCCAAUCACGGCUUGAAUUGCUGCACAGAGAUUGCCCACUGGUUGUUUUUAAGGGUUAUACUAUGACUUUAAAAUAUAACAUCGCCCUAACAGCUUGUGCAUGUGAAUUGUUGGAAAUGGCAGUGAUGCAUUUGUUUUUCCGAGUGGACGAUGAUUCAUUCAAGUUAAACGUUUUUCCUAUAAUUAUGAUAAUUGUUUUCGAAAAUGACCAUAGAUGGUGGUAGAAAAAUGCGCUGUUAAAGUCUUUUUGAUAAAAUAAAUAAAUAAUAAUAAUAAUAAUAAUAAUAAUAAUAGUAAUAAUAAUGUUGAAAAAAAGGCCUUUACGUAUCCAUCAUCGCGACAUAACAACAGGGUUCCCUGUGCACUUGGUACAGGUCAGUUAAUUAUGGUCUCUUUCUUCACAACUGUAACUGGUGGUACGUCUGCAUUACGACUUAUCCAUUUAAUCUUUACUUGCUUUGUUCUGCUUCUGUGCUCUGUCUCGCCGUCUUUUCCCUUGAACGUUUCCAGAGGUUCUUCCAAUUCUUCUUCAACCACAAUAUACUCGCCAUGUUGUUGCGUUCCGUUGGGAAAAAUAUAUGUACCCGGCCCGAUCAUUUUGUCGUCGUGGAAAUUUCCAAUAUAGCUCUGUUUCCCGAAAGUAAGCUUGCCUCUUCCUGCAAACAUAAAGAAACUGUUCAAAUUUGGUCUUCCGUUUGAGUUCUUUGUUUGUUUUGCAUCCAUUUGAACCUAUGAUCUAUCUGUGCUCUGACGCGUUCUUAACUUUUGUUUGUUGUUGUUAGGCCAUUCGCAUGAUGGCGUCAUUUUACUACUACGACCAGAAUUCUUCAAGUUUUUGCUUUCUUGUACAAACUAGAGCUUUUGUUGUUUAAACCUCGCGGGGAUUACCAAAUUUAAAUGUGAAGGAAAAACGACAAGAAUUAUGGUCGUAAUAGUAAAAUGACACCAUCUUGCAAAUGGAUUUUUUUUUUUUGCGUUAAAAAGUACUUUGGGUGAGCAUAAGCCCAAAUUUAAAGAGCCUUGAAACACCGCUGUUAAUUCCUCGGCCUUAGUUCAAGUACUUAUAAUUUUGUGAUUUAAUUCGUCCAAGGUUAUUUCCAAGGAGAACAAACAAAAAUGUGUAAAAAGUGGACAAUUUGGCGUCAGACAAAACCAGUAAAAUCGAUGGGAAGCUGCGAUAUCCAUAGACGUUUUUUUGGCGCAUAGAAAUAAUGAGACUGAACGACUUGUCAAAUUCAGUCAUACGCUUUAUUUCUCAGUUUUUAUUGCAUGUUAUUUGCAUUUUAUUUUUAGUCUUUUUUUUCCGUUUGUAAUUCUUUCAUUCUAAAUUAGAAUGAUCAGUUUACAAAAAUAUUUUUAGUGACGUAUUUUUUAUUAUAAUAUUAUUAUUUUUUGCUGUUUUGGCGAGUUUCUGAGAUUUACCAGUGAGACUUUAGAAUACAUUUCUUAUUGUUUACCCUUCAUGAGUUUAAGUUGUCAUGUUUCACGAAAGUGAAGGUUAAAUUGCUAUUAUUGACAGUUUGACUGACCAUAUGGAAGAAGUAAUUUUUUAAUAUUUGCAUAAACUUAAACCGUGCAGAAAUGUGAAUCUGAUUUCUUUGUCUUGCGCUUGUGUUGCUUUUUAGUUAUUAAUGCAGUGCGAUUUCGUUUUUUUUAAAUAUUUUAUGAAAUUAUUACUUCUCAUAGCAACCUGCUUCUCGUUCUGUUCCAAGAUUUGUGAACAUUAUGCGAUUUACCUUAUGACAGUGUCCACCCUGGCGUAAUUAAGACCAUUUAUUGAAGGUUUUUCUUUCCUUUUCCUUUCUUUUUUUUUUUGCAUUCCCCGAAGAAAUAAUUUUGCUGAAACAAUUCUUUCUGAGUCUUCCCAAGCGUCGCUCAUAUUUAUGCAUAGGUAUACAUUUCGGUGAUCAGACUGCGGGCUACAUUGUGCAAAUUACGUCGGGUUUGAUGUAAGGUUCCGAUAUUACGAAUUACCGUAUGCAAAACUGUGUGAGCGCUUUAGACGUUUGGCAUUUUGAGGCUCUUCGUGUUUGUUAACCUGCAUAUUGUACGUCGCAAUUUGUUUUGGCUGCGUGAGCAUCAAAGAGUUGUUCUGUCGCUUGAUUUAUCCGUAUUCAAGUCAAGUGGGUUUAAGGUUUGAUUUAUGAAGUAAAUGCUCUCAUCCUCUACAGCCAAAUAAAGGUUUCUGAAUGUUACUGAAUUUAUUUUCCUAGUCGUACUGUUUUAAUUGUCUGUUUCCCCUACCUGAUCUUUUCCCCUCAUACCAUUGGCCUUCAUAUGUCAUGCCGCUCGCUGCAUAUGUGUACGUUCCUUGUCCGUGCCGUCUAUCGUGUUCCCAUUCGCCCCGAUACAAAUCCCCGUUUGUAUAGAAAUACGCUCCGUAACCGUGUCUUAAGUCGUCUUUCCAGCUUCCCUCGUACUUCGCGCCGUCCGGGUACAGAAACGUACCUUGUCCGUUUUUCUUGUUGUUUUCAUAAUGACCCAGGUAACACGCAUUUCGCGUUUUUCCUUUCAGUUUCUUAAACACGUAUUUGCCAUAACCACUGCGAUGUCCGUUCUUGUAUUCACCCUCGUAUACAUCGCCGUUAGGGAGCCUUGCCUUUCCCUUCCCGUGUCUUACGCCAUUUUCAUUCCGUCCGCCUUCGUACGUAUAAGGCAAAAUUUCGUUCUCGGAAUCCAUAUCUUCAUCGGACUCACGAAGUGUUUCCAUGCCACCAGGAGUAAGACCAGCGAUUUAUUUACUGUUUAAAACGAAUAUUCCUUUGAAAUGUUGUUGUUUUUUUUUUUUUCGCUUCGAUAUAAAAAGCGAGAGGUUUUCGUGUCUUUGUCUAUGAGCGUAAAUCAAAUUAAGCGGUGUUUUGCCAGAGACCAAAACAUCAACACUGUCGUAAUGAAGAAAUCUUCGCUGAACGAACUAACUGUAUGUCGCGCCAGAUUCUGUUAAUCUUUUAACCGUGACGGAUGGUCGAGUGGCGUUCGAGAUCGUUCGCAAAUUGGCAAAGUUGGUGCGAUUGGCGUUAAUAUUUUAAAAGUGUUUUUGUUUUUGCAAAGUAGAGUCUCUCGCCACAAAGGCAAGGUGCUUUAAUUUAACGAUUCCUGAAUAUUUCAAUUCGUUCUUCACUGACAAACGUGGGGAUCCAAAAGACCGCAUAAUCGCAUCCUAAAUAAUUAAUUGGCUCAAGGGUUUUUUGCGGUAGCCCUUUUAAAUUAUCUAUAUUAUGGAGACAAGGAUAAUUUCUAACCAUUUUUGGAAAGAUAUCCCUCAGGGUGAUGUUGUUGUUCUGUAAGGCAGCUUAUCGCUUGAUUAUCCGAAAGCUUUUAGCGUGUUAUUGGCUGGGAAGGAACUAACAACAAUUGCCUUCAAUUAAAAUCCACUAGGCACUAAGCUGCAAAAUAAAAUAUUCUUUUUUUCUCUUUUUUUUUGUCAUCGUUUAAAAUGAGUGCUUUGAAGAACGAAAUCGACUGUAAUGUUUACUGCAAAACGUGACUGUUUUCGUUGCGUAUUUCUUUUGCGCUAGAUUGCCAAUUGAGACUAUACUUUUUUUUUCUUCUCAUUCUCUUUGUCAGCUUUAAAAUUUCAUCGCUAUAACCUAUAAACUGCGGUUUUCAUUAUCUGACCGUGGAACAUGACUUGCGAUACUUUUCGCUCAGUUGCUAUUAAGGCCUUUGUAUUAAAUCGAUUUUUCCUUUUUCUGAAGGUCUUAGUGUUUGGUAAGCAUGUCAUUAUUUUGAUUAGUGUGCAGUCAUUAUUUAUUAUAAACUGCGCUUCUUUUUUAUUUAAAGUGGGAAUGAAGAGCAGAUUUGUCAUAUAAUUAAUAACUUCGCCUCUGUUGUCUGGCAACCAUAAAUAAGCAAUAAGCUUAUGCCUAUUAAAGAAACAAUUUGCCAAAUUUACUUUUAUAAACAUUCAAUCAAUUGAACGUGGAUCAAACUGAACAAACUAUAUUUAAGCAAACCUUUAUUUUUGCUAAAUCUUCUAUAUUUGAUCUUUAGGAAAUACCCUGGAAUCAUUAUUUUUUAAUAUUAUUUAUUAUUAUUAUUAUUUUAGAAUUGAAUUCCUCUUGCACCUUCAUUUUUUUUGCUUCCAUUUUCGCCUAGGUUUACACCAAAGAAACGAAAAACCAAAAUGUGGUGCAAAUUAAAAUUUCGCAGAUGCUAACAUGCACCUGUAGAUGAUCUGUAAAAAUUUCGAAGAGACGUCCGUGAUUGAUGGAUUCUUUUUUUUCUGUGGUCAAUAAAUUACGGAUAGAAUGAUAAUUAAAAACAACGAAACAACAAAGCAAAGCAAAAGCUUCAAUAGUCAAAUUAAAGCAUUUGAAACAUGCUUUGAGUUCUGCUGUUUUGAUUUUUUUAUAUUUACCUUCGUAAUUGAUUGUCGGCGAAAGAAUAAGUUGUGCCCAAGAGAAACAAAAAAAUGCAAAAUUCUCUUUAAAAAACAACUAACAAACAAACAAAAACAAAACAAAAUUUAAUAAGAUGGAUUAGUAGAUUAUCUGAGUAACCCCCCCAAAAAAAAAAACAUGAACAACAAAGAUGUCAAUCAAUGGAUAUAGGCUAGUUUCAACAAGUAAACGCAUUCAAACGGUUGCGAUUGCCUCGUACCCAGACGUCUCUCUCUCAAUGAAAAUGCGCGCGCAAAGGAAGACGGGAAGCCGUGUGUACCCUUUCCAUGAUCUCUUGCGGUUCAUCACCAGUCGCUCGCUUCUGCCUUGCGAAAAACGAAGCGCCUGAGGAGGAGGCUGCGUUUGUGCAUUGACGGUUUUUAACCACACGGCAGUUUGUUAGAACCCUUUAAUAUGGACAGCCUUAAAUGCUAGUUGGUUGGACUCUUACGGAGAAACACCGUACCCCGAAAGAAAACGUCUCUUAGCGAAAUUUAUCUAGCCGAACACUUCUCAUAACCAAUAAUUGUUCCUGGUAUCUUCUGUAAACUUGCUCCGUCCUUAUUCUCAGGCACAGUUUAAGAACGUCCCGUGGGAUGCAAAUUCCAUCGUGGUUUUCCGGGUGUACAUACAGCCAGGCGAUUCAUCAGCAUCCGGUAGUUCCACAGCACAGACGGGAAAUAUUGUGGAUGAAAGUAAACUGGCUGCGUGGACUGCUGUACCUCUGGCAUUGACCGCGGGCUCACAUGUAUCUAGACAAAGUCGUCAAUCUGGAGGUAUUUGAGUUAAUAUUUGUUUUGUUUUUGUUUUUGAUUUUUUUUUAUGGUUCCCUGAAAACAAAAGAAACCUAAACAAACAAGGUACAGUUCAUACAUGUAUCAUGUAGACUGUGUGGAGACAACGAAAUCGUUAAUUUCCAUUUGCUCCAGAUAAAGUUUGCAGAUUUCUUUUGAUUUAAUAUCAUGUAUCCAAACGGCGAUUACUUCAAUAGAAGGCAUUUACCUUGAAAACUACAUUGUGAGUACCUUUUUGAACUUAGGCCUUUGUGCCGAAGCCCUUUCAUCCCUGCAUUUCUGACAUUGUUAUGUGUUUGUUUUAGGUAGCCGAGGUGGUUCAGCACGUCUUAACGUCGGAACUCAUAAUCUUCCUCUCUUUUUUCCGCCCGUUGUAGAAGUACCUAACAUUCCCUUACGGGUAAGCAGAUUUUUACUAUAUUCAAUUUAAUUCUCUUCGCCCUUGGUGAGGUAUAAGGCGGCAACUAAUCUCGUUUAACUCUCCCGAUUUUUUGUUACCGUCUUAGGUUUGCUUGACGUAAAUCCAAUCUCUCUCGGCUCUCGCUCCAAAGUUCACGACUAUGUUCUUUUCGGCCGCCUUUGAUUUCUUUUCCUGGCGGUAUUUAUCGAAGCACUCUGUGUGGAAUAGGCCUCUAAUUUCCGAGUUUUUCCAAGCCUCUGUUUCAAACUAAGUGCGAAGCCAUUGGUAUGAAAAUGAUUUUUUUCUCUUAUGCAACAUAAAACUUUUUUUCACAAGAAAAGAGCUCGGAAAUGACCUAGUACAAUAUUGCUUCCUAUCCCAUGUAGUCUGGCUGUUUGUUCAUAUUUAUUUCUGUCUUUUUUUUUUUAUUAUUUCUAGGGCCCUUUUCCAGAGCAGUGGUCCCCAUAUGGAGAGGCUUCGUUACGAAUAAGUAUUUUUACGUCCGUCGAUUUUCCUCCAGACAGACCAAGCUCACCGGAGGAAUUUCUGCAAGAAAAUGACCUUCCCGAGGUAAAAAUGUCCGCGGUUAUUGUUACGUUUUUGCUACUGUUCCUAUUCUUAUUGUUCUGCCUGCAAUAAAGCUUCUUUUGUGGGGCGCGUAGAGCCCUACGCCUUCUCCCUCCUAUCUCUGCAUUCUAAUCUGCCAGUUUUGCCCAUUGCCUGCAAAAUAUAUAGUGGCGGCUUCAUACAGUGUGUACAUGAAGCACUGACUACCCGCUCGCCUCCACUGAGGUUUACCAUUUCUGUUGUACAGUAUAUUGUAUAUAGUUUGGCUAGAAACAUCUAUAUAUUGGUAGUUGUGCUUUUAGUAGAGAGCAGGAUGGCUUUGAAGCUAGAGAGACCUGUGACUUUUUUCUCCUGUUUCCUUUCCAGAAUGUUUGGAUUAAGAAUGGCCGACCUUCUAUUCUGACAGAUGAGUUUGAAGAAGGAAAUGGGAUUGACCUGUAUAUAGACGGGGCUCGAUUCCUUCCCGACAGUGUAACUGUGUCGAAGGUAAGCAACAAGUGGAAUAGGUCUAUGUUGUACCCACAAACCCUUUUAAAACGUUUUGUUUCAAAUUUCUUUAAAUGUGAAUGCCUGAAAAAUGCAAAUGCAAUACACAAAGAAUCUUAUCGACUGAAUUGGGUGCAACAUUUUAACCGAAUAGGUCUAUGUCGACAGCUUUUACGUGAAAGUUCUAAAAUUUCGACUAUAAUUUAUUGUUCUUUUUUAUAUUGUCUUUCUUUUACAGGUGGCUGGAAGAGUACUGGACAAGAAUUAUACGAGGUAUGUAUAAAUUCAGUCGAACCUCCACGUGCGACCACCUCUCGUAAGCGACCACCUCCUUUAAGCGACGGCGACCACUUUUAGGGGGAAACAGUUUUGAAAUUUUCCGAUCAGUUGACGCACGGUGUGAUCUUUAUGUUCGCUAUGUGCACUAGAAGCUAAACCUAUCGGAAAUCUGAAAUUGCAUGCGGUAAAUUCUCCUUCAAAAAGUAUGUGUCAGUACCUACCGUAAAAUUCCGAAAAUAAGCCGUGGGGCUUACAUUUUUCAAAGGCCCUUUCUCAGGGGCUUAUUUUUGGAGGGGCUUAUCUAAGGAGGGAAAUUUGCGUUUCAAAAUCGAUUGGGCUAGCCUUAUAGUUGGAAGUAAAUUUAUCGUUUUUGCUUUGUUUUACUUUGUAUUUGAGGGCAAUUUUCCCAGUACAAGCCCCCGGGGGGCUUAUAUUUGGAGGGGCGAUUUAACGGAGGGUUUUUUUGCAUUACCGCUUUGGGGGGCUUAUAUUUGGGGGGCUUAUACAUGGAGGGGCUUAUUUUCGGAAUUUUACGGUAUAUUCGGAAAAGACCCCCUGUGGCUCAAUUCUUCUGUAAGCGGGCACCUCUCAUAAGCGACCACUGAAUCUUCGCACUUUAAAUGGCCGUUAAGGGAGCGUCGACUGUUAAUAGAUAUGAAGAAAUGAAUGAAUAAAUAGGCCAUUUUACAGUUGGGGGCUUAGUGUCCUAGCCUUUGAGUAAUUGGAGGCCGAUGAAGACCUUCUUUUGAUACAAACCUCUUUUUUUUUCAAAUGUAAAUUUUGCUUAAGAAAAUACUGUUUGCAUAAGAGCAGCAUGAUUUACAUAAUUAAGCAGGAAGGGGUUGUAUCAAAACAAAGUCAACUCCAGCCUCUUUUCCACAUAGAGUGUUUUCACUCACGUGGCCAGCAUCUAUGUAAAUUUAUUGGAACAAAAGAAAGCGUUUGCACGAGAAAUAAGUUCAACUACCACAGGACUGGUUUGGGAUACCAACACGGCCGCCGUUUCAUUGUUUUGAGACACCAAUAUGGCCAAUUAUUUUGUUUUAAUUAAUUUGCAGGAUCGGUAGUGACAUAGACGUGCAAGCUGAACUCGACUCCGACAUCUAUAACCCAGAAUACAACGCGAGAAUAGAAUACCGAGAUCCAGUUUUCCCUCCUUCGUGCACCCUUAUGUUGAAGGUUUACGCCGUUGAUAAAGUUUCCAAGAAUCUGUGCUGUGUUGGUUAUGGGUUUCUUCCUAUCUUUAUUGAAGUGGGAACAACUAUUCAACCACCUGUUAGCAAGUCCGAAGUGAAGGUUGGUCUUGAUUUUCAUCUUUCUUUUUGGGUAGUAUUGUUUAGAAGAAUUGACCACUCCAGAAAAUACCAUAACAUACCACAAUGUUCUUUGUUUGUCACCCCAAAAUUUUGCGUAAGCAUUGUCUUCAGUUUCUCUUGGGAGUUAAAAUGGCCCCAAGGGAAACUGAAGACAAUGCUUAUGCAAAAUUUUGGGGUGACAGACAGAAAGCAUUGUGGUAUGUUAUGGUAUUUCUGGAGUGGUCAAUUAUCACUUACAAGUCAGGCCAAGUCUUCAAAGCCAGCUACGGCUGUGCAAAUUUGCAAGGAUUUUUUUUCCCAUUGUUCCAUUAUUGACGUCAGCUAUUGACGUCAGUGAUGAAAUAAUAGCAAAAUUAUACACGAUUGACGCCACUCGAGAGAGCAGAAUGGCGAUGCAAGACUUCAGAAUAGGGCGAAAGAUUUCACAUAAAUUCGAAGCGGAAAAAGCCGAUUUACUCACUAAAAUUGAUCGCAAGAAUACGCAAAGAUACUGACUCGGAGGGUGUUUCCCACCUGCGGCCUCUGUGGAUAACGCCCUUCUUGAUCUGCAAAAUUAUUUACAUAGAGUGAUUUUGCAUAACCCAUGAGAAACACUAUCUUCCAUUUAUUGCCAAAUCGUUACAAGUAAACAAAACAAUCACUGAAAUUUAAUUGCACAUUAACCUAUUAGCCAUUUCAAGGGUUAAAUAAAAUCUGUCUAAUACUCAGCCGUAUUAUUCAUUCAAAAUAUUUCUCCGUUUCUGAUCGACAAAUCCCACGCAUAUUUCAUCAUAACCAGCUACUGCCGACCAAAUUUGGAAGAAUUUUGUGAUAUGUGAAAAAUGGCGUCAGCUGUGAAGUACAAUUGCCAGAAAAUUGAACAGUUAACCGAGAAGACCUGAGGACUAGGUUGAGUUGUUUUGACAGUUAGUACAAAAUGGCGUAACAUUUCACUCGUUUCACGUGAAGAAAUGGGCGAACUGUUGGCUAAAAGCAUAGCAAGAACAGCAAGAAGACAACUCGACGGACGGCAUGUGCUAUUUGGAGAGUAUUCGCAGUACUGAACCACCCCUUAUCUGCUAAAUUAUUCAAUAACUGUUAAUUGUUAAUUUGAUUUAAUGAAAGCGUCUUCAUUUGUAGGUUGCCCUUAACGAGGGCGCUCACCAAAUACGCUUAUACAGUGGUAGCCCGGAUCUUACUCAACCUUUACACGAAAGCCUUACUCAGAGCCUUUCGUAAGUAUGACCACUGCACGUGCCCGGUUUAUGCAAAAAAAAAGGUCAUUAAAAAAAUAUAGAAAAUAGAAAAAUUGAGAGCAUUCGAAAAUUAUCUAAAAACCAAUUUAGGUGGAGACUGACACGAAAGUGGUCCCCAGGUAGCUGCAAAGGGCCUCUUGUGAAUCUCACGCGCUGACCACUUGGUCACCCUACCUCCUAAUCCCACAAGCCUGCUAGGAACAAGCUAGAAAUAGAUGCCCAAUGACUGGAAGUUGAUAGGCAGAUUUAGCAAAGACAACGUGACUGCAGUUUCAACGGUGCGCGUAAAGAAAAAAAGAAACAUCGCCUUAACCGAUCGCGAAGCGACAAAUUGAGGACCGGAAGUCUCGUUCAGUCCUUUCCCUGCGCUUUCCCGCCCUCAACUGACAUUCCCGUUCUGUUGCUAAAUCACUCUGACUAAUGUCCUCUAUUUGCGCGUGCACCAAAUGCUUGUAUGCAUAAAAUAAUGGAAAGAUCGAUUGAUCUUUGUGUUAUCUCUUAAAGUCUCGUACCAUGUGCAAGUUUACUCAUAAGGAUUGUUCAGGCUGCAUGUCACCCGAAUGGAAGACCCAAAGAGGUGAGUGACCGUAGUCUGUGCUUAAGUAACAUCGCUUCCUCACGUUUUAUGUCUCAAAUAAUUCAUAUGCACUCCUGUGGUGACGCGCUGCACGAUUCAGCUUUGCUUGAUCAGUGUAAGUCCUGUGUGUGUUGUGUGCAACUUAUUGCGUUUUGGGUUCCUAAUUAAACAAUUUUUGUCUUUUCCGAACUUAAACUUGUUUGCAACUGCAUUUUUUUCCUGGACCCUUGUGCUUAGGCGUCUAAACUGUAGAAACCUGAUCGUUAAGACUACCUGUUUUAAUACUCACCAACUGCGCCCUCUCCCACGUACAGGCUUCGGAAUUCAACGAAUCAGAAUGGGAAUCAGAAGGAGUAUUUCAACCCAAGCCGAGCUACGCAGAUGGUAAGGAUGACCUUAAGUUUUGAGUUGAAAACAGCUCAUUCCUUACAAGAUUUAAAAAUAGAGCUUCUAUGGGUCGUUAAAAUUGUAAAGAAUUUACCUUGAAUGAUUCCGAUUACGCGAUACGAUUGAUUAUUCGUGAAUUAGUUGAAAUAGGGUAAUGUAAUAUAUUUUUAUUAUUUAUAAAUUGGACAACUCAGUCUUAGAUUUUAUCAUUUUGUGGAACAAUUGCCAAAAUCAAUGAAUGCAACGCGGAUGCAUUCACUAGAAGAUUGCACUCGGUAAUAUGAUAUAUGUUACUUGGAUCGUUUUAGCGUUACUUUACGUUUUAUCUUAUUUUUGUAGGUGAAUAUUACUCUCUUUCUUGUGAACCCACGCUGGGAGAGAGCCAGAUAUUUCACAGUAUGGUUAAGAGAAAUAUCAUUAGAACUCGGGACGCAAUUAAAUUUAUCGGCGAUGGACAGGAACAAAAGCUUAAGAAAGCCAGGUUGAUAGAAAGCUGGAUCAAGGUAACCCUUCUUCAUUCAUUUACUUAGUAUGCUUUGGGAAAACAAAUUGAAUUCAUCAUCAUCAUCAUCAUCAUCAUCAUCAUCAUCAUCAGUUUCAGUGCCAACUUCAUAAAUGGUUUAAGUCUGUUACGAUGCUUCUCGAUACCCCUCUUCAGGUACUGAACUUUGAGAUCGUCCUGUUCGAUAGUGACCCACUUAAACAAAUUUUAAAAAGAUAUUAGGUGACGAGAUUGGUAGACACGCGAGAAAUGGCCGUACCAAAAACUCAUCCGUUUUUCUUUUCAUUUACCGUCGGUAUGUUUCGCUUGUCCCUGUGAAUAUUUCUUCCUUUUAUUAUAUUGUUCCUCCCUAUUUUUAGACUCGUCUCACUCGAAACAUCGAUACUCUACCUGGAGACCUGGACCUUAGUUACGUGGCACUGUACCACGUGACACAUGGAUUAAAGGUGGGGUUGUUUUUUCUUUCUUUUUUUUUUUCUUUUUUGGCUUUUUAUGUGCCCUUUACACCUCAGUGUAAUGGUUGAUUAUUAUUUAUCACUAGUCAGCAAGAGAAAUUUGCUCCAAAACAAUACUGAUACUCAUAGUGGAGUCCUCCCUUUGUUUGUGGAAUAAAACACGAUGAAGGUACAUCCUUUGCCGUGAGGAUGCGUCUAUUUCUGUCUCCACGUAAAAGGCUCUCUUUGUUUUUCUUGUAAAUUACAGAUCUCCGUGGACGCCGCGCAAAAUUUGCCAUGGAACAAUUUUACUAUGGCAACUUACUGCCUGUCACCUCCUGGAUCGUUUUACAAGGUAAACGUAACGUCUAACUGCCGUUUGCGGCGUAGUUAGUGUUCCUAUAAUCCAAUAAAACUCACGAAAACGCACAUGUUUCCUCCGUGCUUUUCCUAUUUUUGUGCGUUUGGUCCGAAGAGAGUAAAUAUAAUCAGACAGGAGUACACGAAAUGUUUCCUCUUGUAACUUAUUCUAACAGUUGCUUGUUCCAGGCCCCUAGAUAGAAGUGCAGUCGUUCAGCCCAGUUUUAAGUGAUAUUUUAGUUUUUCGGUCGUUUUCUUUCUUUUGUUUGUUGUUUGCUUGCUUCUUUUUUAGUCUGCCAGCCAACGUUAUUCAAAUGAGCUCUCGACUUGUUAAUAUAUCACGUGACGUCAAGUGAAGUAAACUAUGGGUACAUAAAUUGACCUGUAUCACCCUGGUAAUUUGUAGCAAAAUUCAAUUGUCCCAAUUAUGUUGUUAUUUCCUUUCUUUCUUGUUGUAUUUUACAGGGUGCCAGGGAGGAUCCGUUAAACUUUGUAACACGACCGCUGUUCUCAAGUAGUGUGGCUUCACCUGUCUGGCGCGAAGGACCUAAAGUAAGCAGGUCAAAACACUUUGAGUUUCUAACUAAAGGUAGCUGUAAUUCUAAAGUUUGAAUGACAAAAUACAUUAUGUAUCGCUUGUUUUAUCUUUAUCGCAUUUGCGAGCGUGAGCGAGAACCUCUGGAAUUACAACAUACCUUUCCACUUUGCACAAGCAGUAACAAUAUUACAUACACGUAUUUACCAGAAAUGACGACAGCCAAUGCAGUCUAAAGGUACGGGACUAGACUUCGAGCAGUCUCUUAUUUUUCUUUGCAAAGUUACUGCACGCGAGCGGCGAAGCUGCGAGCCGCGAGAAACGAGGGCAUAAGCCCGAGAAUCUCAAUUGUAAUAAUAACGUCGUGGUUUGCAAUCGCGCUGGAUGAGAUAAGAACUAGACGGCUUUUAAGAGAAAAGACGGACUGCAAGCAGUCUAGUACGGGACAGACGAUAUUGAAUCUCUCAGGUUAUCUUGCAAAUUAAGGCUUUAAACAACUCGAGACGGACACGGCGAAGACCAUGACACAUGACCAAGUUGGCAUUUCAAAAAUGUGUUUAUGACGCAGCUCCGACCAAAUAGUCGUCCGGAUCGUACAAACAAUUAGGAGCACUACCUAAAGGUCUUAGUUCGCACCAGCUCAUAACUUUCCAUUCCUAGUGAAAGAGCCCGUGUAUGCUAGUAGUGUAUUGUUUAUGCUCUCUUUGUAGUAGUAUAAUGUCCGUUUGUAGAAGUCGCAGCAAUGGGUUUUUUCUUUUUUUUCUUUUAUCGUAUGUGCGGUCUGUAUUGUUUUCGUUAGUUACAUCCUUGCUUGGGUUUAUAGAUAUUUGUUACGGUGGAUGCUUUUUCAGUGCAGAAUAAUAAUAAUUGGUUUUCACCAUUAUAAUUCUUAAAUAUAUGUUCAUUGAAUGUUAGAGGCUUAUCAGGGCAAGCUAAACGAAGCGAAAUGUUUAAUUGGCUCAGGGAGAAAAAUUUCCAUGAGGUGCACUGUACUGUACUAACCGAUUUGCAUCUGACGAGACUCUCUAAAUUUGCACCCUCUACCGCCAUUGAUCUCGUUCUUCUUAUUGGGAGACAUCAAAUAUACUCGAGCAAACUUGCAGGUACGUCACCCUCCAUGACUCUUUUUAAAAGCAAACUAAAUUCCGUCAUUGAGAUAGAAAAACAAGAAGCACUCCGCUGUAAUUCUUUCACCGUCUUUUCAAACAAAUGGAAGUUUUUUCUUAUUUAAAUUUGUUGCUUGCACUUGUUACCCUCUAGCUAAUCGCUUUGACUUAGCCAUGUGUCCUGCAAAGUUGAGCCAUCCACCGUCCACCGUUCACCGUCCUUUCCUUUUAUUGUAAGUAGCUAAGCGAAUUCAAGCAUAAAUGUAACCUCAGCUAUUUUUAUGUUUGUUUCGGCAAGGUGUAAUAUGUAUACGUUUUGUGUGAUGUAAAUUUAGCUUAAAUAAUAAAUUAAAUUUAAAAAAAAAAGAAAAAAAAGUUGGCAUUUCGUUUGUUAUGCCGGUUACAAGUACAUUAAGCUUAAUGCGUUGAUAGCGUUGUCUUUGUUGUGUGUUGUGUUUCAGGUAUUUCCACGCCGUAUAUACCAUAGGUUUAUGGUCAUCAUUAUUCAUUUACAUGAGUUAGUGGUGGAUUCGAGUCAGAGUAAAACAACUUUCAGUUUACAAGGCCAGGUACAGAUUGCUAUUUUCUUAAAACAAUAAUAUUCUUUUCGUUGAAAACAAAUGACGCCGACAGCAACAGCAGUUUCAGUUCUGAGCACUUAGAGCUUUUUAAGAACCUUUCAAAAACCUUAGUUAAUUAACUGGGUGAGAGUAAUAGCCUUAGCUUUGAAGAACUUUUCUUCUACUACGUGUAUUCUCAGUUAUGAACACGGGGACUAAUUUACAGUCGGAGUUAAUACGGGGAAUCUUUUCACAUGCAAAUCUUCUUAAUAAAAGUCCUAUGUAUUAGCUUCGACUACAAGCUAGUUGCAGUUGGUUACUGAGCAUACGGGAAUUGCUUGUUUUGAAUGUCAUAGAGAGAUUGCGGCAAAUGACAAACUUCAGAUUGCAGUCAAUAAUGUUUCGAGCUGAGAAAUAAGCAGAUGAAACAAAAUAAACCAUUGUGGACGCAGUUGGCGUAAGACGACUCAAUUUUGUGAAGUCAGUAGACUAACGCCUCAUCCACACUAACUAGACAUGUUUAAUUAAACCAAGUUUUAGAAAAAUUAAAAGCCGACUUGGAAAACUGGACACAGCGUUCACACAGGAUUCCCAAAGGAAAUUCAACAUGUUUUGUAAUUUGCACUAAAUUUGCAAUCCAUUUAAGUUAGUAAGCAGCUUUUAUGAAAGAAAGAAAAUUAAAACUCUGUUUAAUUAAACACGUUUUUAAACAUGUUUAAGCUUUGGUGUGAAUGGGGCUUAAGCUAAUGACAAGUAAAGAACGAAUGUGGUCACGUGGUACAAUUGGCGUUUUUCGCUUGCCGUACACGCGCUCCGUCGACUAGUGCGCUUUAGUAAAAGCUUCGUGUUUUUGCUUGACUCGAGUUACAAAGCGAUUUAAGCAUCUAUAACAGGGUUGUAACAAAGUACGUGCACCAACAGACCUUUUUAUUAUUGUUAUAACGUUAUAGGCUUGGAGUGCAGUUCAAGUGUUUAACGAAGGGUACGUUAUGGAUGGCUCUUUUCAGCUUCCUCUCUACGCUGGCGACCCACCCGAGGUUGGGUUUGUUGAUCAAUUCGAAAUUAUUUUAAUCCUUCAUAGGUUAUGGUCAUUCGUGAAGCAUCUUCGUCGAUUAAAAUCUUCUAGCUCAUGCAGCACUUCUUUCGUUGUAUUUCAAUUUCAGGUUGUGGUUAAUUCUCUUCGAACCGAUAGCUGUGUCAAUGUCCUCGCCAGCUUUCGGCGAAGGAAAAUGGUAGGAUUUUAUUCUCAUCGUGCUUUUAUGUCCUGUCAUUGCAUAACACUGAAAUUUAUGUCCUAUAUUGCUCAGAAAUUAUUAGAGAUUGAAAAUUCCAGGAAAAGUGUAACAUUUCGCCAUAUUCGCUCUCUACUAAUAAACUUUCUUUCCAUGUUAAUUUCUGAAGAUCAAAUACCUAGAGGGAAGUUCUAUUUUUGUACGAUUGGCAGACGCAAGGAGAAUGGAAGAACUUCCUGCGCCAAAGGUAGGAUAUGGUUAGAGCUUAUCAUCACCAUCAUCAUCAUCGUCAUCAUCAUUACCGUCAUCGUCAUCGUCAUUAUUAUCAUUAUCAUUAUCAUUAUCAUUAUCAUUAUCAUUAUCAUUAUCAUUAUCAUUAUCAUUAUCAUUAUCAUUAUCAUUAUUAUCAUUGGCGUAGUUGAAACAACUCUAAAUAACGAUCUAAGCUAUACUCCAAAGUACAGCUGUUACGAAGUUAGCAGAGUGUGGCGCUGGUCCACCGAGCGGAAUUGUGCUGUUCAGGGUAAUAAAAUGCUUGAUUCCCUCCAAUUGAUUAUAAUGAGAUUUACACAACAGUAUAGCUCCUCUAAUUCUCUGUAGUGCCGCAAAUUAUGUUUCUUUCUUGAAGGCCAUUUUCGGCUAAGAUAACAUAUUGGUUGGACAAACAAAUUGUCGUUGGACUAAAACUAUCAAGGACGCAUUGCCCAUCUUUAGCGAACAAAGGUAGACUGAUUCACUGCAACACUGUCAUUUCACUUAGACAGCAACUCACAAGCUUUUAAGGUUUAAUUAUUCAUCAGCAUAUUAUAACCUUGUCCCGAUCAUGUUUGGCCACAAUUGAAAAUUCGUAUUAUCCCGUUUUUACAUUUCUAAUAUACACUGAUAAAAUAAGGAACUGCUAUGUUGAAAAUGAGAUGAAACCUGAUUUCCUUUCUCUUAUUUCUCCAAUAUAGGUGAAAGCAAGGCAAGAUUAUCUCCCCAGAGAAAAAUUAGACAAGUAUCUUAACACAAACCCGUCCUCUUCUCUCAGCUCGCUGGUUCCUCGCGGAAUGACAGAAGAUGAACUCACCGCUGAAUUUACCAGAAAAUUUGAAAGUGUAGGUGUUUCUGUUAUAUUUCUUUUGGGUUAUGUUACCAUUAAAAAUGAAAAGUAGCGAAACUUAUUAUCACAGGGACCGCAUGUUUAGUGGGUUCCCUGUGUAACAUUGAAACAAGCGCAGGGGGUUCAUUAAGGUUUUGAACAGGAGGGCAACUGAGUUUGACUCCCGGGCAAAGAAUUGGCAAGGCCCGGAGGGCCUUGCCCUCUAGGGGGGUCUGGGGGGAUGCUCCCCCGGAAAAUUUUGAAAUUCUAUAGUCGUAAGGAUGUGUUUUCCUGCAUUUUGAAGCUGCAGACAAUGACUUUCAACAACCAAAAAAAGAUAACUUUUCUAGACAAUUUAAUCAUGAUUUGAUACCAAUACCCACCACACAAAUUGGACUUUUUGGUUCUCUUUUAAUAGCUCUGCUCAUAAUAAUCUUUACUCAAACUCACCGUCAGCAUCUGAGCCGUAAUCAACUUAUCUUUAAAAUUUCAAUGACUAGACGGGAGGAGCACUGUUUUAACGUGAACGCACCGAAAAUUAAUUCAUUGGCGUAAACCAUAAGACGAAUAAAAAUCACGCUUCGCUUCGUUGAACAUGAUGAUUAAGCCAUUCAAUAUAUACAGGCAAGUAAAAGGUUAAAUCACAAAGAAGUCUACUCAUCUCUUGGUCUUUUCUCUACUGGAGGCUCUUUGGUUGAAGCCGAAAAAUAAUACGCUAUCGAACGCGUUCUUUUCUGGGCCGCCAUGCUCACAUGCUCGCAACACUGCUACAUUUCAGGUGGUCGUUUAUGAAGCACAGUUCUUUUCGCAAUGUAUUAUGGGGCGAUUCUUGUUUUUAACACACAAAGAACGAGGGGAUUUCAUGCCGCGUGUAAUAAAGUGGAAAUUACACCGCAAAGUAUGUUUUACACUCGAUAAGACUCAUCAAGAAAUGGGCACGAUUGUAACUUAAAACUGUUUUUGAUCGUUCCCUGUAUUAAAAAGAAGUUCUUUGAGAUGUAAAGCAGCCGGGCAAAGUCGUGUUCACAGCCGGUCAAUUUGCCCGGUGCCCGGCCCUUAAUGAACCCCCUGCAAGCGUUGGUAAGUUCUCAAAUUUUCUUUCAAACCUUUAUUUACCGGACACCGCUAUGAAGCAGACACUAGCGAAUGGCCCGUUGGUGUCCGAGUUAUUCAUGCAGGUAUCACUGUAUCUUUGUAAAUGUGGAGACCAAAAUAAUGACGAAAGACGAGAACAUUAUGAUCAUUAUAAUCAUUAAAAUUUCGUUCUUCUUUUGUUUCUUCUAGUUAACCAAUCAACUUAUAGAAUCCUACCAGAAGGGUACUUCAUAGCAAACAUCCUGAUGCUCAAUCUACUAAAGAUACUGCGCCACCUCUAGGAGGACUAUUUAUUAACUUAUCUAAAAGUUGUCUGUGUACAGAUGUCUCCCCUCCCUGUGUACAGACGUCUCUUCUCCCGAUUAUUUCCUGAGGGAAGGGAGACGUCUGUUCACAGGCGAAGCCAAGGAGUAAGCUAACAAGUUGGCAAAGAGUUUAGUAGGCACAUCUUCACGAUGAAACACUUUUGGAGGUGCUGAUGGAAAUAAUUUAACAAUACACUGAGAAGCCUUUUCUUUCUAGUCAUAGCACCCUUCUCUUUACACUGAGCUGGUCGAACAGAAUCAGUUUCUAAUUACAAGUAUCAGUCUAAUUUAUAAAGUAUGGUGUAUGACUGGCAUAAUAUUUAUUCGCAAUGCAUACCCAUUGCCCCGACAAUGGGAGGAAACCGCGACUGCCAGGAAAAUAGGAAUGCCGAAUAAUAAGGGUAUGCGACGUCAACCGCAACCACCGGAGGUGGGAGGGGCGAAACUUUUAAGUCCACUUUUGCAUCCACUAAAAUCCUUUGACCUGGGCAAAAUCUAAACAAUUCUAAGUAAGGGUAGCAAUGCAUCAUGCCACUAGCGCGGAAGCUUACUUAUUUCCCGCUACACUGGCCAAUUAUGUAUGCAGUAAGAAUAUCAUCCAUUGUAGCUUGUUCAACACGAUGACACGAUGAAAGUUGCGAAUGCUGGAACUGACUGUUUGGAUAAAAAGCUUUCAGCUUUUCAAAACUUUUCAGUAGUUGAUUAAUUAAUUUAUUAAUGUAAAUAAAUUUUAAAAAAAGCAUUACGCCUUAAGCUGUCAUUGG